UUGCUGGGUGUCCGUGGUCCGAGAUCCGUCCGGAUUUUGGGGGGUUUAGAUCCGUCCUGGCCGCUGCAUUGACCGCCGCCGGUAACUGUAACCUUUCCGGCGGCGGCUUGGCGCGAGACCUAUUACUAUUCGAGGGCGAAGUUAUCUCUCAUACUAAAAUCGUAUGGACAAUGCUGGUUCUUGCAACCCAAGCUCUUUAAUCUUGGAGCUGGGCCGUCGUCAAGUUUGGUUCAGUAUGCUUCGUCCUUCGAGGAACGAAUCUGGGGGCUGUGCUUGUCCUGUUAAUCUGUUAUUACGUUACGUCUGAUGUUCUUCAACUAGAUGCUUGAGUAAUUUUAGUUUAAUUUUACACAGUGGGAGAAGGAUCUGUCCAGUGCUUGCUGUCAUUUACUAGAAUGUCAACAACACUCAACACGCACAAGCCAACUUUUGUUCAUGGCAUCUGUGCCUUCAUUCAUUACAUAUAUGCCAGCCAUAUCUUGAGAUGCUUUUCACCUUUUUCUCUGUGGCUCACUACCUUUUUCAACAAUUAUUAAUUCAUUUGGGUAUUACUGACGUCUGCCUCCAAUGCCCAUCCUACCUGCUUGAACAACUGAUACUGUGAUACAGCCAUACAGGGAUCGCUUGUGUCCCAUUUCCAGUGUAAUAAAGUGGUCAGCAAUCAGUGGUUUGGUAAGCCCCAGGCAGCACACGGUUUUUUCUUUGGAUUCCUGUGGGAUGCCCCACAGGUGGUUCUUAGCUGUGGACUCUGGUCAUGUCUGGAUUCUUUUCUCAACUUGAUUGAGAACAGAGUCAAAUUGCACGAGAAUACAUGAUGACAGAAAGCAUGUGCCAUGUGCUCUUGUCUGUGAAAUUGAUUGUUUGGAUUUGCUCUAGAUAUUUUGUGUGGAGUGUGGACGGGCCAGAUUGUGAGUGCUAGGCCGUAUGUUUUUUCUGCUCUGUGGUGCUCUGGCACACCUUGAGAUAUAGGCCUAAAUGGCACCACAGAACAUGGUUUUGGCCUUUUGGGUCCCAAGAUCCUGAUAGGAUAGUAAUGCCAGUUGCCAGGGGUUAUGACCACUUGCUGUUUGUUUAAGCAGUAGUGGGCACAGAACCUUACUAAACUACCAUCACUUUUCCGAGAAAAUGGUCGCAGCAGCCUUUACUGUGGAUCUGGACAAGCCUCUAGUAUUCCAGGUUGGCCAUCUAGAGGAGCAGUAUCAGGAGUGGGUUCACCAGCCAAUUGUUAGCAAGGAAGGGCCACGAUUUUUUGAAAAUGAUAUAUUGGAGUUCUUAACCCGCACGAAAUGGUGGGCAGUUCCACUUAUCUGGUUGCCUGUUGUCUGUUGGUGCCUGAGUACUUCUAUCCAGAUGGGCAAUACAAUUACAGAUGUAGCUAUGAUGACUGUGUUUGGAAUAUUUCUGUGGACACUGAUCGAAUAUGUGGUACACCGAUUCUUGUUCCACAUAAAAACCAAAAGUUACUGGGGAAACACAGCGCAUUAUCUCCUUCAUGGAUGCCAUCACAAACAUCCGAUGGAUGGACUUCGACUUGUUUUUCCACCAGCUGCUGCAGCUAUUUUGUGCUUUCCGUUCUGGAACAUGAUCAAGCUAUUUUCGACCCCAUCUACAACUCCUGGUCUAUUUGGAGGUGGCCUGUUGGGUUACGUGAUCUAUGAUUGCACACACUACUACCUGCAUCAUGGCCGGCCAUCAUCAGAUCCUGCAAAAUAUCUCAAGAAGUACCAUCUCAACCAUCACUUCAGAAUUCAAACCAAGGGCUUUGGAAUAACUUCGACCCUGUGGGAUCAUGUAUUUGGCACACUGCCUUCUACCAAAACUGUCGACAAGACCGUUUGAUUUUGACUGGAUCUUCUGCUUUGCAAAGCCUAAUAGUGAGAUUAUUCAUGAUCGGUGGAGGUUUUGUUGGAUAAAUUGCUAUCCAGUUUCUGAUUCUUCUCCGUGGACGAACUGUGAAUGCGAUCACCAGUUGCUGGCUCGCAGACGCGACUGAAGGUCUUGUCCGAUCCAUGGUCCUUUCAAGAACAGUUUAGUUUCAAUUCAAGUCCAUCAGCGUUCGUUCACAUUCUCUCUAGUGCCAGCUGUUAGAUCAGCCUGUAAUGUAUGUACAGAGUUCUCUUCUCUAGUACCGUAGCCUCUGCAAUGGGCUGUUGGUAGCCUAUGUCUGCAUAAUUUUUGCUACAAGUAAAUGCUUGACUGGUUGAACUUUCCCCAUUAUAUUUGUAUUAGUAUAUAUAUAAGCCAAGUUUUGUCAUGUGAGUA